UUGAGGGAGAAAUGAGAGUAAGAAGUUCGAAUGGAGGUGGUGAUCGCCUACGAGGAUAAGAGGGAAAAGGAGGGUCGGCCGACGGCCAGGUAGGUCGCCGGGGUGGGGGACCGAUGGGGAAAGGGGUUGCUGCUAGGUUAGGGGGAAGGGGAGGGCGUGGUUGGUGGUUGGAGGUGGUGGUUUUUUUUUCUUAUAUAAAUUAAAGUUAAUUAUUAAGUAAUUAGGUGGGUUAGAGAGUUCCUUUCAAAAAAAAAAAAAAGGUGGGUUAGAGAGUAAUUAGUGAAAAUGAGAGGAUAUUAGAGAGUAAUCAAAUAACUUAGAGGGUGAUUAAGUAACGAGGUUUCUUCUUAAAAAAAAAAUUAAUUGUGGUGGUUUUUUUAACUAAAAAACUUUUAAAAUGUCUUUUCUUAAGUAAAAUGGUGUUUUUAAAAGAUUUUUUCUGACAAAUUUUUCUUUUUUUUUUAAGACAAAAGUACCCCAUUUAAUUUUUGUAUAGCCGGCGCGAAAAAGCGAAAGAGCGAAAAAUCAAUUGUGCACACCGCUGAAAACUCUCUCCCUCCCUCCCUUGAUUCCCUUCCUUGGCAAGCUUUCUCCUAAUUUUCAUUUCAAAUUCCAACUUCCUUAAAUUCAACCGCACUUCCUUUGUCUCUCAACUCCAUAACUCACCACACAAAUCAUUCUACUUCUUCUGUAACAAAAAUGGCUACCCAUUUGAAAGUCCUUGAACUUCGAGCCGAACUCUCCAAACGCUCCCUUGACACUUCCGGUACUAAACCCACUUUGGUGCUGAGGCUGGAAGAAGCCCUUCGCAAUCAAACAAUUGUGAAGGAUAAUGAUGCUCCGAAUACGAGGGCGGCGAAGAAGAGGGAAAGGGUAGAUGAAGAUGGAAUCAACGAGGAAAUUGGAAAUGGGUCUGAUGAAAUUAGUGAAAUUGAGAGGUUACAAGGGAUGAAUAUUCAGAAAUUGCGCAAAGAAGCUUCUGAUAGAGGGGUUUCUAGUAUUGGAACUAAGAAAGAGAUUAUUCAAAGGCUUUGUGAUUCUUCUGCUGUUGAUGGGGAUGCUAAAGGAAGAGAGGGAGAAGAAGGUAAACAAGACGAAGAGAUGGUAAAGGAGGUUAAGAAGGAGAAGCUGGUGAAAGCGACAAAGAAAGGUUCAGGUCUUGAUCAAUGGCUUCCAGACCAUAUAAAAAGUUCAUAUCAUGUUUUGGAACUGGGUGAUGACAUUUAUGAUGCCAUGUUGAACCAGACCAAUGUAGGGGAUAACAACAACAAGUAUUAUAUGAUUCAAGUUCUCGAAGUUGAUGGUGGUGGUUUAUACAUGGUUUACAAUAGAUGGGGCAGAGUAGGUGUGAAGGGUCAAGAUAAGUUGUUUGGUCCCUAUUCAUGUCGGGAAAGUGCUACCAAAGAAUUUGAGGCGAAGUUUUUGGCCAAGACUAAAAAUCAUUGGUCCAAUCGAAAAGAUUUUGUUUCUUACCCAAAGUGCUACACAUGGUUGGAAAUGGAUUACAGUGAGAAGGAACAGGACCAUGAGAGGCCGUCUGCUUGUACUAACAUUCAACCUCAGGAAAGCAAACUUGAGCCACGUGUUGCAAAGUUUAUUUCUCUUAUAUGCAAUAUCAGCAUGAUGAGGCAGCAGAUGAUGGAAAUAGGAUACAAUGCUGAGAAGUUGCCACUUGGAAAGUUAAGCAAGUCCACAAUUUUAAAGGGUUAUGAUGUUUUGAAGAGGCUUUCUGAAGUCAUUGGCCAAUCAAAUAAAAAGCUAGUUGAGCAAUUAAGUGGGGAAUUCUAUACUGUCAUUCCUCAUGAUUUUGGGUUUAAGAAGAUGCGUGAGUUUGUCAUUGACACGCCUCAAAAAUUGAAAAACAAACUAGAAAUGGUUGAGGCAUUGGGUGAAAUUGAGCUUGCGACAAAAUUGUUGAGUGAUGAUGUGGGAAUGCAGGAUGAUCCCUUGUAUGCUCAGUAUGAACGACUUCAUUGUCAAUUGAUACCUGUAGAAGUUGAUUCAGAAGAAUUCUCCAUGAUCCAGAAGUAUACAAAGAAUACUCAUGCCAAAACACAUUCAGACUAUAAUGUAGAUAUCGUUCAAGUUUUUAGAGUGUCUAGACAGAGAGAAGAGGAGCAGUUUAAAAAGUUUGCUAGCUCAAGAAAUAGGAUGUUGUUGUGGCAUGGUUCUCGGCUUACAAACUGGACUGGAAUUUUAUCUCAAGGAUUGCGCAUUGCUCCGCCUGAAGCACCUGUGACAGGAUAUAUGUUUGGCAAAGGAGUUUAUUUCGCUGACAUGUUCUCCAAGAGUGCAAAUUACUGCUUUUCCAGCCGUAGUGCUCCUACUGGCGUUCUACUUUUGUGUGAGGUGGCAUUGGGUGAGAUGGAGGAGCUUCUACAUUCAAAGUACGAUGCAGAUAAAUUACCGGCAGGAAAGCUAAGCACGAAAGGAAUUGGUUCAACAGAACCAAAUAUGUUGGAGUCCCAGGUGCUCGAUGAUGGUGUCGUUGUUCCCUUUGGAAAGCCAGUAGAGAAGAAAGAUGUCAAGGGUAGUCUACGGUACAACGAGUACAUAGUUUACAAUGUAGAUCAGAUAAGAAUGCGCUAUGUUAUUCAAGUCAAAUUCAACCAUAAUCGAUGAGAUGUUGUGUUAAUGUGAUACCUUAAUCUAAAGCGGAGCUAAUAUCGCUAAAUGCUAGAGUACUGUCCAAAGGAGGAUGAAGGUUGAGAGAGCUGCUAAGUUGUGUAGACGCAAUCGCUUAUAUUGUGUCUAGUUGAUCGGAAAUGUAUGUAUUUUGAAUCCAAAUUGCCUACAUUUAAUUUUUCAGGUCUUAAUGAUGGGUAAAUCAUAUGUAAUUAAGGAAUUUUGUUAUAUAAUGUUUUUGGGAAACCAUGCAUGUCCAAUGUAUUGUGUAUUAUGCUCCAAAGAUGUUCAAUAAUUACUUAGUACGAAGUAUUUAAUUAUGAGCUAGGUCCCACUAAUAUCCUAUAUUAUUAUCUCUUGUUAAUUUUAAUGACAUUUUGGAAAAUAAAAGCACUUCUAUCUCCCUCCCUCUCAUGGCUUUGCCGACCAUCCCCUCCCAUGGCCACUCAUUUUUCUCUCCUUCCCUCUCGAGCCCACUCAUUUUUCUCUCCUUCCCUCCCAUGGCCACUAUUUCUUUUUCUCUCCUCCCCUCCCAUGGC